AUGAAUAUAAUUGAAAGUUGGUAUUUAGAUGUAGAUGGAACUUUACCAGCAGAUCUGAAAAGACGAGGGGUUAAUACACCAGAGAAAAUAAAUGGUGAUUGGGAAUUACAGAAUUGGGGUAAAGAAUUAGCUUUAUCUAGAGAACAAGGUGGUGUAGGACUACUGGGAAUACCAAAUGACGGAACAUUUAAAACAAUAGAUGAUAUAAGUAAAGUAUUAACAUGUAUUGUAUAUACCUGUAGUGUUUCACAUGCGUCAACUAAUUUCCCUCAAUAUGAAGAAUACGCCUUUACUCCAAAUUAUCCUGGUAUGAUGCGAGGAAAACCACCAAACUCAAAGGACCCCGUAGAAGAAUGCCGGAUCUUGGCCAGUCUACCGGAUAAACCAACAACCCUAGAUAUUAUGGUCGUUACUAAAAUAUUAAGUGGUCGAGGUACCAAAAGUCUCGGUGAUUUUGAAGUUCAAUAUGUUUUUGAUCCGAAAGCCACGGGGAUCGUUGAUGAGUAA